AUGUAUUUCUUCUUCCUUUUCUUCUUGUCCAUUUUUGUCAUCAUCUUUUUCUUAUUUCUUUCAAUUCAUACAUCUUUUAUUUUUUUUCUUAUCUCUCUUUCCAGUUCUUCUCUUUCCUUCUUUUUUAUCCUUUCUUUUUUGUCCACUCAUUCUUUUUCGUUCUCUCUUUCUAUGUCCUUUCUUACUUUUCCUUCUUCUUACCCUUCACAAUCAUUAUUUUAUUCAUCGCCUUUCAUUUCUUUUAUCCUCUUUUCUUUUCCUUCUCCUUUUCUUCUCCUUACAUUUUUAGUAAAGUUCUCUUUCUUCUUCUUCUUCUUCUUCUUCUUCUUCUUUACUUUCUUUCUUUCCCUCUUUAUUUUUCAUUUAAUUCUCUACUUAUUUCUCUCUUCACUUUCUUCCUCAACUUGUUUUUUUCUCCCAUUCUUUUCUUGUCAAUUCUUCCUUGAUUUCUUCUUUAUUUUUCCCUCUUUUCCAUUUUCCUCUAUAUUUUCUUCUUUUUCUCCUUCUUUAUAUUGUUCUUACUAUCCACUUUUCAGCUUUUCUUUCUUCAUUUUUCAUCCUCUUCCCUUUCCCUGUGGUUUUAUCAUUCCUUCGAUCUACAUCUUGGCUCAUUCAUUCAUUUUUCUUACUCUUCGUUUUCCUUCUUCUUUGUUGUUCCAUUCUAUUUUUCGGCUUUUCUUUCUUCAUUUUCCUUUCUGUACAUUGUGUCGUUCCUCGUUUAUUCUUUUUUUGUCUUUUUUUUCCUCUUUUUCAUCAUAA